AUCCCUCCUCACAACUCAUAAUUUCCCCCCCUCCCCCAGAGCCCUCCUUAUUACAUGCACAGCUACUAUAUAUAAACGCAUAGUUGCUGUUCCAAAUACAUGCACUAGUAGUUCAGUGGCCGCUUCACAUAACACAAUUAAGCUCGAUCCUUAGAUUUGAUGGCGCUCACUUCUCUCCAAGUUUGCAUGGACUCGUCAGACUGGCUUCAGGGAUCGAUAAUGAACGAGGAGAAUGGAAUGGAUUCGUCGUCGCAGUCGAGCGGCGACAUUCUGACAUGCUCAAGGCCGUUGAUGGAGCGGAGGCUAAGGCCUCCGCAUGACCAAGCUCUAAAAUGUCCCCGAUGCGAUUCGACUCACACCAAGUUCUGCUACUACAACAACUACAGCCUCUCUCAGCCUCGGUACUUCUGUAAAACAUGCAGGAGGUACUGGACUAAAGGCGGCACUCUGAGGAACAUCCCCGUGGGUGGCGGAUGCCGAAAGAACAAGAAAAUCUCGAACCACAAGAAAUCAUCCGACAACAACAAUAGCACUGCUCACACCAAUUCUUCCGUCAUCAGCCACGUCAUCCCCGGACCCACGUCAGAUCUCCAGUUCUCCUACCUCAGCCACCUCCUGGGCGGGUCCCAGGGAAAUGGUAGCUUUAUGGACUCAAAAUACAAUGCUUUUCUUGGAACCAACACAAACACAAACCCUAGGCCGAUUGAGUUUUUGGACAGUAAGUAUGAGAAUGAAGCAAUAAUGAGCCAUGACUUUAUGGGGAAUGGUGAUCAUUUGGGCAUAAUGAGCAAUGGAGCUGAUCAUCAUUUCCCAACUUUCCAAGGGAAUGCAAGUACUACUUCCACUUUUAUUCCCACUCCAUAUGGAAUGUCACUAGAUGGGAAUGCUUCUUACAGCUAUGGUGGGGCCCUCAUGGAUACUUGUCACAGACUCAUGCUUCCUAAUCCCAGCUUUGAAGAGCAUCAAGAGCAAGGUGGUGGUGGUGGGGGUGAUGUUGAAGUAAAGCCAGACACAAAGCUUUUAGCAUUGGAAUGGCAGCAAGAUCAAAGCUCUGGGAAGGAUAAUCAUCAUUCGUUUGGUUAUCAGAAUGCAGGUCUUGGUUCGUGGAACGCAGGGUUGAUGAAUGGGUACGGGUCAUCAGCAACAAAUCCACUGGUCUAGUAGAAUAAAGUUGGUUGAGCAGCUGUGAUGUUAUGAGGUCAAGAGGCAGAGUUAGAGCUAGGGGUGUCCAGGUUUUAAUAUUAUGCAUGUAAUGUAAUGUAAGGUGGAGGUUUUGUUGAUCUGUUUUGUUUAGCUAUUAUUAUUAUUAACAUGAGAAGUAUGAAUGCAGAAUCUGAGUAACAGCCUUUUUAAUUAAAUUGA